AUGGUUUUCGAGUCAAUUGUGGUUGAGUUGGUGAACCGCUAUCUUGGAACAUUCGUAGACAAUUUGGAUGCCUCGCAGCUGAGUAUUGGAUUAUGGGGCGGAGAUGUAGUCCUGAAUCAGCUCAGCUUGAAAGAAAGUGCCCUGGAUAAUUUAGAUCUGCCAGUCAAGAUCAAAGCAGGGCACUUAGCAAAGCUAACAUUGAAGAUUCCAUGGAAGAGCCUGUACACAGAGCCUGUGGUGGCACAGAUAGAUGGAAUCUAUGCUUUGGCUGUACCCAACAUUGGAAUCAGAUACAAUGAAGAAAAAGAAAAGAAAGCAGCACAGGAAGAAAAACAAGCCAAGCUGGCUGCAUUUGAAGAACAGAAGAAGUUGGAAGCAGAGAAAGACAAACCUAAAGACCCUAAGAAGGACAGUUUUGUGGAGAAGUUGGCCACUCAGGUCAUCAAGAACCUACAGGUCAAGGUUUCCAACAUCCAUAUCAGAUAUGAAGACAAAUAUACCAAUCCUGAUCGACCAUAUUCUGUUGGUGUUACACUUCAGGAGUUGGUUUUCCAGACAACUGAUGCAAACUGGAAGGAGACCGUCAUCAAGGAGGCAGUCACACAGAUUUACAAGUUGAUACGCCUCGACUCCCUGUCAGUGUACUGGAACAGCAAGACUGAUCUCCUGCAUGAUCAAGAGGGCAAGGCAAUUGUGAAAGAAUUGGCCAGUAAUAUACUAAGUGCACAGGCUGCCUUGUCAGAGAACAUUCCAAACCAGGGGCACAAGACAAAUUUACAGUACUUGUUCAAGCCCAUCUCAGCGGUGGCACACCUGCGACUCAACACCAAACCAGAGCUGACGGACUUCAAUAUACCCAAGAUUUUCCUGACCUUGGUGUUUGAUGAAAUUGCUGUAGCUUUGUCUAAAGAUCAGUUUGAUGAUGUCCUUGAAAUGUUGGAGUCAAUGGAGAGGAUGGCCCUUCUGGCUAAAUACAAGAAAACCCGGCCUGAUGUACCCGUCAAGGGCAAUGCCAAGAAAUGGUGGCAUCAUGCAUAUGCAGUCACACUGGAACACACUGUGCGACGUCGACGGAAUAUGUGGAAUUGGAAUAACAUCAAACGGCACAGGAAUAACUUGAAACAGUACAGGGAGUUGUACACUCAAAAACUGGAUAGUAAGAAGCUCGGAAACAAGGAACAGGAGCUGCUAAAGAACUUGGAAAAUGAGCUUGAUGUAUUCAGCAUUUGCAUUUGCAGAAACCAAGCAGAAGUGGACGUAGCCCGGCUGGGUAAGAAGCGAGAGGCAGAGAAAAGUCAGAAUGGUGGCUGGUUAGGUGGUUGGUUUGGUGGGGGCAAGAAGAAGCAGAAAGAAGGGAAGCAAGGCAAUGCAGAUGCAGAGAAAGGUGGUUUAGAUUUGACCAACAAGUUCCAGGAAGAGUUCAACGAUGAAGAAAAACUCAAGCUCUACAAAGCUAUUGGCUACGAUGAGAAUGCCAAAGACACUACUUUCCCUGUUGAGUUUGUGGCUGUCCGCUUGGUCACCAAACUCAACAAGCUCUCACUGGCGCUGGUUGAUCGCAAAAAUGCAGUAGACAGUCAGCUGUUGAAGUUGUCACUGACUGAAAUCUGUGCAAGCUUUGGGCAGAGGCCGGCAGCCAAUGCUAUAAGGCUGGAUGUAAAAGUCGAAAGAUUGCGCUCGGCCGGCUUCCCACGCAAGGACUACACCCCCAAGAUCAUCAGCUCCAUCGGGGUAUCCAAGGAGGAGAAUGCCUCGCUGUUGACACUGUCAGUGGAAACAAACCCACUGGAUGGUUUGUGUGACUCCCGGAUCAGAGUUCAGUCUAGGCCUCUAGAGAUCGUCUACGAUGCU